GUAUUUAAAGAGGAGGGAAACAGAGAAAAAGGAAAAUAUAGAAAGCUUCGCCGGAAAAACCAGCGAACUGGUAUUCCCUGUAAUUGAUUCUCUGAUUCCCUUAGGUGGAAUCAGAGGAUCAUCUCAUCGCCCCCAUUCGUAGAGGAUCAUCUCAUCGUCCCCAUUCAUUCACAUUCAAUUCUUUUCUUUUUUCUUGAAAAGAAAUACGUAGAAAUUACUUAAUGUAGCCAUCUUCGCCGUGCUGGUUCUAUAACCAAAACUGGAAAGUUUUGAUGGAUUCCCGCUUCUGAUUUUCAAAUUUUAAGGAAUUCAGAAGGUGAGUUUGUGCGAUUUCUCAAUGGGUAUCUUGAAAACGGAUGAUAGAAUGGAAGGAUGGCUUUAUCUCAUUCGUUUCAAUCGGUUGGGGUUGCAAUAUUCACGCAAACGGUACUUUAUUCUCCAAGACAACUGUCUCAAGAGCUUCAAGUCCGUACCCACAUCAGACAGAGAGGAGCCGGUAAGAAGUGCAAUAAUAGACUCCUGCAUUCGGGUUACAGACAACGGAAGAGAAAGCCUUAGUAGAAAUGCAUUCUUCAUUUUCACACUUUAUAAUACUUCUAAUAACAACGAUCAACUUAAGCUGGGAGCAAGUAGUCCAGAGGAAGCAGCCAGAUGGAUUCAUUCCUUUCAGGAUGCUGCAUUGAAGGAUUAUCCGAAUGGAGCAAAGAAUGUUACAUCCAAUUCUAAGAGGAAAUGGCAACCUUUUAGACUGGUUGGCUCAAAGAGAACUGGCCAUAAUAACUCUGUAGACUGGACUCAUAGUCCUUCAAUGCAUAUGGAUGCAAUGACAUCUGAUGUAAUUGCACCUUCACCGUGGAAAAUUUUUGGUUGUCAGAAUGGGUUAAGGCUAUUCAAAGAAGCAAAAGAUAGGGAUUUUAAUGGGAGGCACUGGGACGAUCAUCCAGCUAUAAUGGCAGUUGGUGUGGUUGAUGGAACAUCAGAGGCCAUUUUCAGGACUCUUAUGUCUCUUGGUCUCUCGAGAUCAGAAUGGGACUUCUGUUUCUGCCGAGGCAGUGUGAUUGAGCACCUUGAUGGUCAUACAGACAUUAUCCACAAGCAGUUAUAUAGAGACUGGCUACCUUGGGGAAUGAAAAGAAGAGAUUUACUAUUGCAGCGUUACUGGAGAAGGGAGGAUGAUGGUACAUAUGUAAUUCUAUACCAUUCCGUGUUUCACAAAAGAUGUCCGCCACAGAGAGGCUAUGUCCGUGCUUGCAUUAAAAGUGGAGGAUAUGUAAUAACUCCUCUUAACAAAGGAAAACAUUCUGUUGUCAAACACAUGCUUGCUAUUGAUUGGAAGUUCUGGAAAUCCUAUGUACGAACAUCAUCGGCACGAUCCAUAACCAUCCACAUGCUUGAAAGAGUUGCAGCACUAAGAGAGCUUUUCAGAGCUAAAGCAGGAAACCAUUUUUCUUCUGAGUUCUCAACCAGGGAGUUAACAAAGGAUAUUGGGUUGCUUCCAAAUGAAAUAGAGGAUAUAAAAACCGAAGUUCCAAGAAUGGAAGGGAUUGGGAAGUUUGAUGAGGAUAGCUUAAUACAAGAUGAGGUGGAGAAUCCACCUUCAAGGCCCUCAAGUCUCAUGGAUCUGAACGAUGCUGCUGAUGAGUUUUUUGAUGUUCCUGAACCGUCAGAGAAUAAUCACUUGGAGAAUGAGUGGCAUUCCGAUUUGAUUCCAGAAUUACACUCUCCGGAUAGAUGCCAGCAUAAACUGUCAACGGCUUCAGUUUUUGUAAAAAAAUUGCAUGAACUUGCAGUUCAGAAGAAGGGUUAUAUGGACUUACAGGAGAUGGUUAGAGAAGACAGUGAAUCAUGCUGUUAUGGAGCCACUCUUCCCAAAGACCCGAGUUGUGCAUUAGCUUGCAGUUGGACAACUGCUGAUCCUUCUACAUUUCUAAUUCGUGGCGAUACUUAUCUGCAAGACAAUCAGAAGAUCAAGGCCAAACGCACCUUGAUGCAAAUGGUUGGUGCUGAUUGGCUAAGAUCUGACAAGCGCGAAGAUGAUCUUGGGGGCCGAGCUGGUGGAAUUGUUCAGAAAUACGCAGCACGAGGUGGACCGGAGUUUUUCUUCAUCGUUAACAUACAGGUUCCUGGUACAACUACAUAUAGUUUGGUGCUAUAUUACAUGAUAAACACUCCUUUGGAAGAGACUCCCUUGCUAGAGCGCUUUGUUAAUGGAGAUAAUGCCUACAGGAAUUCAAGAUUUAAGCUCAUACCUUACAUUUCUAAGGGAUCAUGGAUAGUGAAGCAGAGUGUUGGAAAGAAAGCAUGCUUGGUGGGUCAAGCACUUGAAGUAAACUAUUUUCGUGGCAAGAACUACCUGGAGUUAGGGAUCAAUGUUGGGUCAUCGACAGUGGCAAGGGGUGUGGUCAGUCUUGUUCUUGGAUAUCUGAACAAUCUGGUUAUAGAAAUGGCAUUUUUAAUUCAGGCCAACACACAGGAUGAGCUCCCAGAGUUCCUUCUUGGAACGUGUCGACUAAAUCACUUGGAUGCAUCCAAAGCUGCUGUGGCAACUCCUUGAUUGUUUCCCCAAACAAUUUCAUACCCAAUUCCUUGUUGGGCAAUGCCAGCUACUGGAUUCCUGAAUUCAGCACAAAAAACAGAGAUGAUGGCCAGAGGUCCUUGAAGUGACUUGUGUACAUGUGUUUUUUUUUUUUUUUUUUUUUCGCCUUCAUUCAGUCAGAUUCAACUUGCCAGCAAUUCACCCUCAUGAAUUCUGAGUGGGGGCAAUUCAAUUUGUAGAGUAGUCACUCGAAUUAUAUAUAGCUCAAUCUUCAAUUUAUUCUUUAUGAUACAAUUCUUUUUUUUCUGGAGUACUGUUGCAUUCCAUAUGAUUAAAUUUCAAUGUAAUCAUUAUAGAGCUGAAAUUUUGUCUAAUGGAUGCCCUCAUUUUUUUAGGUUUU